ACGAUUCCAACAUUCGGAUUUACGUAGGCAAUCCAGAUCUAUAGAGAAAUGAAGAUCCUCAUCUUGUGCGCUCUUAUUGCCGCUUCUCAGGCAGCAGUCCUUCUUAAUCAUGGAUUGAUUGGAACUGGAGCUAGUGCACAAUACAGAAGCCAAGAUGGUCUUGGCAACUAUGCUUUCGGUUACAACGAGGGUCAUGGAUCCGGAGCCACAUUCCGAAAAGAAACAGGAUCCCAUGGAGUCGUUGCCGGAUCUUACGGAUUGACCGUAGCUGAUGGCAGACAAAGGAUUGUCAACUACGUAGCUGAUGCAGCUGGAUUCAGAGCUGAUAUUAAGACAAACGAGCCAGGAGUUGAGCCCAAGGAUCCAGCUCAUGCCGCCAUCAAUAAAGCUGGAAUUAUCGCCCCUGCAUUGACAUACGCAGCUCCUGCUGCUGUCCACGUCGCUGCUGGUCAUCCUUUUGGAGCCUACAGCUACAACACUCUUGUCGGACAUCAUGGAAUCGGACACCAUGGUCUUUGGUGGUAGAAGAUAUUUAGCUAAUGUUAACUUAUGAUGAUGCUUUAAUUCGUGUUAAUGAUCUCUUGAUUUUAUUGAUUGCACGGUUUUUAACCCUGAACAUUCUAAAUAGAGCUUAUUUGCAUAGUGCUAAGAUCAGUGUGUUCAUUUUGACCCUAUUCAAAUAAAACUCUACUGAAUAACUUGUC